UCCAGAAUUCAGAACAGACCCAACUGUUCCGAAGGAAACAUUAUUUUUGAGUAACUGCAACUUUUCAAGAGGCUAGACUUUCUACCAUUUUUAUUUAUUUUACUCGGAUAAGGAGGAACAAAAUGGAGCAUUUUAUAAUUGACAACAACAGCGUACCAUUGAUCGAUGAGGAUGAAAAGGAAAGCACGGUCCAAGGCGAUCAGUUGGAUUUUGUACCGAAGAAAAGUCCUCAUAUCAGUAGAUCGAGAACCACCAUGUCCACUGGAUCGAAUGAAUCAGCAUCACCAUCGAGAAAAGCACACAAAUCCAAGUCACGGAUUCCCUACAAUCAAUUGCAUUCACGUCCAAGGAAAUAUAUAUCCGGAAAGCAAGAUUCUUUCAACGAGUACUCCAUAGCACCACUUCCGAAUGAGAAAUCUAUAUCCGAAAACGUUCUAGCUCCACUUCCGUAUAGGAAAUCCUUAUCCGAAAGCGUUUUAGCUCCACUUCCCGAUGGGAAACCUAUACCCGACAGUUCGGAAAAUAGUCAAGAAGGAAAACCUAGAUAUCGCUCCAUAUCCGCAGAAAGCGUAUAUUUCAGGAACUUCGAAUUGAAAAAUGCAACUCCACUUCCGAGUGGGAAAUCCGAAGGCACGGAAGAAAAAGCUAGAUAUAACUUCUUAUCCGCAGUUAGUGUACAUAUCAGGGCCUUCGAAUCAACAAUAAGGGAAAGCCGUUUGGUAUUUUUCGUAAGUCGUAUUUCCAUGUCAAGUUUGGUGACUCUGGGUAUGUUCAGUAUGCUCUUUCUGAUUUGGGCCUGUGAUUUCGAAGAACCAAUUGUCAGGAUCAAAAAGGCAAUGGGCAAUGUCUUCAAUGAUCGUUUCCGUCCCAAACUAUAAUAUAUGUGAGUGCAUUGUUGAACAAAUAAUCCAAAUUUACAGUAUCUAUUUGUGGCAAAAAAAGAAAAGGAAAUAUUAUUCUGCGCUAAAAAUUAUAAUGUUGAAUCACCUCUCAUUUGGCAAUCCGUGGCAUUGUUCAAUCCAUUUUCGAAGCCAUAACAAAUGACACUUUUAAUCAUUGCAUAUUAACGGACUAAGCCCUGACCGAUACCCGCACUUUGUACCACUGAUUUAUGGCCCAGACAGCGACAUCCAACCAAAAAUAACCCAUUAACUAAAUCCGCAUUUAAUAAAUGCCAGCCAGCGGCAGCGAGAAGGUAACAAAAGGGUUAAGACUGCCGAGGGAUUGGGAUCGGGAUCCGCCAAGUUGGCAGUUACAAGUUCCAACUUACAAGACCGGCAAAUUAAUCACGCUGACGACUGCGACGUGGUUGAUGAUAUUGGUCGACUGAUGCUGACAUUGAGGAGCUGCCAGCCGCACCAGCCAUCAGUUAGCCAAGUAUCCCCAUCCCCAAGCCCCAUCCUCAGUGGAUACUGUGCAGAGCAUCCAAGUAUCCCACUGUGCCGGGGGCAUCAAUCUGCGGUCGAGUCUCAACUUUCGGGCAACGUGACACGUGUGGAAUGCAGCCAGAAAUCGGAAUCAGAAGCGUUGACAUGACAACUCGAGAUGCGGGGAUCGCGAUAAGGACAACCACUUUCUAUGGCACGAGCAUGGAAAACCUUUUUAGACCCAAGCAUUGCUUAACAAUUUUUCCAGCUUGAACUUUACACUACAAGAUGUAACCAUAGGAAAAACCCGAUAAUAUACACCAAUAAUAAACUAUAAAUUUGUAUAUGCA